AUGGCGGCGACAGAAGAUGCGGUUGCGCUGAAGAACAAAGGAAACGAUGCUUUCAAGAGCAAAGACUGGCCGACAGCGAUAGAGUUCUACACAAAGGCGAUCGAGUUGAACGACAAAGAGCCUUCUUUCUACACCAACCGAGCACAAGCGAAUAUCAAACUCGAGGCAUAUGGCUACGCAAUCGCCGAUGCAUCCAAGGCGAUAGACAUUGACAGCUCGUUCGUCAAGGCAUUCUACAGAAGGGCGGUAGCCAACACGGCGAUACUGAAGCAUGGCGAUGCGAUUCACGACUGGAAGAUGGUGGUGCGGAAGAAUCCUGCAGACAAGGUUGCCAAGGCACAGUAUGAGGCAUGUCAGAAGAUGGUGAAGCGCGAUGCUUUCCUCAAAGCCAUCGAGGUGGCGGAUGCACCAUCUGCGGCAAUUGGUCUGGAUCUGGAAAGCAUGGUGGUAGAGGAUUCCUACGACGGUGCACAAUUGAAGGACUCCACAAUGACCCAAGGAUUCAUCGAUGACAUGAUUACCCGCUUCAAGAACGGCAAGAAGCUCCACCGGAAGUAUGUCUUCCAGAUAAUCCUGGCGGUCAAAGAUCUCGUCUACAACGAACCAACUAUGGUCGAAACCCAAGUUGCAUCAAACCACAAACUCACAGUCUGCGGGGACACACAUGGCCAGUACUUCGACCUGCUCGAGAUCUUCCGGCUCAACGGCUUCCCCUCUGACACCCACGGCUACCUCUUCAACGGCGACUUCGUAGAUCGCGGCAGCUGGUCGACGGAAAUCGCACUCCUGCUUUACGCGUACAAAAUGCUCCACCCUACCAACUUCUUCCUCAACCGCGGCAACCACGAGACAGAUGAUAUGAACCGCAUGUACGGCUUCGAAGGCGAAUGCAAAGCCAAGUACAACGAGCGGGUCUUCAAACUCUUCUCCGAGUCCUUCUCUGCCCUACCCCUCGCUACGCUCAUCGGCGACAAGUUCUUGACAUUACACGGCGGACUCUUCUCGGAUGAUGCGGUGAUGUUGGACGAUAUUCGUGCCUUGAAUCGCCAUAAACAGCGCCAACCUGGACAAUCAGGUCUGAUGAUGGAGAUGCUCUGGACAGAUCCUCAAACAGCUCCUGGUCGAGGUCCGUCAAAACGCGGCGUAGGGAUGCAAUUCGGGCCGGACGUCACGAAGCGAUUCUGUGAGAAGAAUGGUCUGGAAGCUAUCAUUCGCAGUCAUGAGGUCAGGAUGGAAGGAUAUGAGGUUGAGCACGAUGGGCGAUGUAUCACCGUUUUCUCAGCGCCCAAGUACUGCGAUUCGACGGAGAACAAGGGCGCGUACAUCAACAUCGAAUCGGAUCUCAAGCUGGAUUUCCACAAGUUUGAUGCAGUGCCGCAUCCGGACAUCAAGCCUAUGGCGUACGCAAAUAAUGGUAUGAUGUCGAUGAUGGGUAUGUAA